ACUGAUAUUGUUAUCACUUUUAUUUCCAAUCAAUUGUCAAAGCUAUUAUACAUUAUAAUUGAAAUCUGACAUUUACAGCUUAAGAAUUAAGAUAUCAUUUAAAAUAUAUAUAUUUUGAGUACCAUUGUAGUUUUUAAGCGGAAUAAAGCACUACGCGCCAUGGCUAGCGAAGGUUUUUCACCACAGGAGAUAGAAGCCCUCUGCCAAACACCUAGUCCUAAUACAAAGGAUUUUAUGUUCCAACAAACCAUGUAUAGGAUAAAGGAUCCUCGUAAAUCAUUACCGUUUUACACCGGAGUCCUUGGGAUGACACUAUUGAAGCAAUUGCAUUUUCCCGAGAUGAAAUUCUCAUUGUUCUUCAUGGGUUACGAAAAUCCUAAUGAAAUACCAAAAGAUGAAAAGGAAAGAAGUCAGUGGGCUAUGUCUAGAAAGGCCACAUUGGAAUUGACUUAUAAUUGGGGCACGGAAAAUGAUAACACAGUUUAUCACAACGGCAACUCAGAUCCGAGAGGGUUCGGUCACAUCGGUAUACUUGUGCCCGAUGUUGAUGAAGCCUGUGAACGUUUCGAACAACAAGGUGUGAAAUUCGUAAAGAGGCCUCAAGAUGGAAAAAUGAAAGGCCUCGCUUUCAUACAGGACCCGGACGGUUACUGGAUAGAAAUAUUCACUAAUAAAGUUGUUUCGUAAUAAACAUUUACUACAAACGAAUUUUUUUUUAAAUAUAUUAUAUUUAUAAGCCAAGUACCAACCCGCGUGUGCCUAUCUAAGUGUUGUUAUAAUCUAUAUGAAUAAAAUAUUGGAUUA